AUGACCGGCUUCGAGAAGUCCGUCAAAGGGGCCACCAAGCUCAAGCUUGCGGCUCCUAAAUCUAAAUAUGUCGAAACCAUCUUGGUGGCGACCCACACCGGCGAGGCGGGUGUCGCGGAAGUUUUUCGAACACUCCAACAUCGACUUCGCGACUCAGCAUGGACAAUUGUGUUCAAAGCGCUGAUCAUUGUUCACCUCCUGAUUCGCGAAGGCCAACAGGAUGCCGCGCUUGGCUUCCUUGCUGAUAACCCGAAAAAGAUUGCGCCCAGUAAUUUCUCGGAAGCGCAAUCGCAAGGGCGUAAUAUCCGGCGGUACUCUGAAUAUCUCAUCACCCGCGCAAAGGCGUUCGAUGCCACGAAGACGGACUACGUGCGAAGCGGCCCAGGGCGGCUGAAGCGAUUAAGUGUGGACAAGGGUCUUUUACGAGAGACAGAAUUUGUACAAAAGCAGAUCCGAGCAUUGCUGCGGUGUGAUCUAUUGACCGAUGAGCCGGAGAACGAGAUCAGCUUGACCGCAUUCCGCCUUUUAACCCUCGACCUCCUGGUCUUGUAUUCGGUCAUGAAUGAGGGAACUAUCAAUGUCUUGGAACAUUACUUCGAGAUGUCAAGGCCGGACAGUGAACGUGCUUUGUCUAUCUACAAAACUUUUACCAAGCAGACAGAAGAGGUAGUCAGUUUUCUUGGAGUUGCAAGGCACUUCCAGUCUGCCACUCGUUUGGAAAUUCCCAAACUCAAACAUGCGUCUACCGACUUAGCGCGUCUCCUUGAAGAUGAUUUGAAUGACCCAGACUUUGAUCUUCGACGAAGAGAAUAUUUGUCUGGGAAAGGAAUCAAGCAAGAAGGUCGCGCUCCGCCUGCAGCAUUGGCCUUAUCCACUAGUAGUCAACCAAACACAACGUCAAACCCACCCCAGCAACAGCAAUUUGCACAGCAACCUGUACAGCAAAAGCCGCCACCUACGGAUCUGAUUGACUUCUUUGACUCGAUUGAACAGAACCAGCAGCCAAUGGCUCAGCAGGUACCGACACAAUACCAGCAGACCGGGUUCCAGCAACCACAACAGACCGGUUUCCAACAACCACAACAGGCCGGGUUCCAACAACCUCAGCAGACUGGAUUCCAGCAACCUCAACAGGCGUUCUAUCCACAACAGACAGGGUUCCCGCAACAGCAGCAGCAGCAACAGCAACAGCAGCAGCAGAUGACAGGGUACAGCCAACAGAACCCGUAUGGAGGUGUUCAGCAACAAACCACAGGCAAUCCUUUCGGACAACCAGCAGCACAGCCGCUUCAACCGACACCGACCGGGGCUGGAUUCGGAGGAUAUACGCCACAGCCGCAAUCAUAUGGAUACCAGUCGCAACUGGCCCCGAUUCCGCAGAAUGAAAUUCCCUCAUAUCAACAGCAACCUAUGCAGAAUCAACAGCAGCUGCAGCCGCCAUCUACACCAACAAACCCCUUCCGCCAGUCAAUGUUGAUGAGCCAAAACACGGGCGGUGCCCCUCCCUCUGCUACCCCACUGCAACGGCAGAACACGAAUCCCUUUGCUAAGCGACUCUCCAUGGCUGCACCCCAGUCGAACUUUGGUGCUGAACAAGUGCCCCAAGUCCCACCGAUCCCUCAAUCACAGUCACCUCAACCCCUUCAACCUCAGCGGACCGGGACUAACCCGUUCGCUCGAAGCACUUCGGUCCCACCGGCUCAAAACACUGGGUUGCAACCCCUUCAGCCGAAUCCCACGGGCAGUACAAAUCCUUUCCGCCAGAGUCAAUUCAUCAAUGAACAGACCGGGCAAGGUUGGCAUACGAGCGCGCAGAAUGGUACAAUGGGUGGGUUAGAACAGCUGGAGACCGUGCCCAUCUUCCCGCGACCGGGUAUGACCUAG